AUGGUGCUGUGUCGGGGUGGCGAGGCUGCCGCCGCCGCCGUCUCGGCUGCCGGCGAGAAGGAGCCGGAGGUGCCGCUGAGCCGGAAGGACGAUGCGGGGCUCGGGCAGCCGCAGCUGUGCCCGGAGCCCGCCGUGGAGGCGGCGGGCGCUGAAGAGCCCCAUGUUUGUGGCCGCUGCUCGGGCUUGUCCUGGCCGUGCUGCCGCGAAGCACCCGGAACAAAGAAGAAGGCUUCCUGUCCAGGAGUUGGUCUGUUUUAUACCGUACUGUCUGCCUUCCUUUUCUCAGUGGCCUCUCUAUUUCUAAAAAAAAUCGAAGAUAUGCACGCUGUGGAAGUGAGUGCAUUUCGGUGCAUUUUCCAAAUGGCAUUUGUUCUUCCUGGUUUAAUAUACUACAAAACAGGGUUUUUGGGACCAAAAGGUAAAAGAAUCUUUCUUUUCUUCCGAGGAUUCUUUGGCUCUAGUGCAAUGGUUCUUCUCUACUAUGCUUUCCAAUCAAUGCCCCUAGCUGAUGCCACUGUUCUAACUUUUAGCAGUCCUGUUUUCACAUCAUUGUUGGCUUGGAUCUUUCUCAAAGAGAAAUACAGUAUUUGGGAUCUUCUGUUUACCCUCUUCGCAGUUGCUGGAGUGAUUCUUAUUGCCAGACCGCCAUUUCUUUUUGGUUCAAAAAUUGCAGGGAUUGAAGGCAAUUACACAGAUCGUCUUAAAGGAACUAUAGCAGCAAUUACAAGUGCAUUUUCUACAUCUUUGACUUUUGUUAUACUGAGAAAGGUGGGGAAAUCUGUGCAUUACUUUUUGUCCAUUUGGUAUUAUUCAGUAAUUGGUUUUGCUGGAUGUGCUGUAACCUUGUUUCUUAUGAAUGAAUGGAGUUUACCAUAUUGUGGUAAAGAUAGAGUUCUUCUAGUAUCAAUAGGUGUUCUAGGGCUGGGGGGUCAGAUAUUUCUCACAAAAGCAUUACAGAAAGAGAAGGCUGGACCUGUUGCCAUAAUGAAAACAAUGGAUGUGGUUUUUGCUUUUAUUUUACAGAUUCUUUUUCUUAAUCGUCUACCAACUUGGUGGACUGUAGGUGGUGCCCUCUGCGUAAUAGCCAGUAGUUCUGGAACUGCCAUUCGUAAGUGGCAUCAAAGCUCAAAAAAAGCAAAGCAAAAUGAAAUCUAAUUCAGACACUAUUUCAUCACAGAAACAUAACUUAUCUUGAUAAAUACAAUAUUUAUUUUAAAGAUUUCCUUUAUCAAAUCAUAAUAUCCAGUUAUACUCAGUAAAAAUUGAUUACUUUUUAAAACAAAAUCAAAGCUGUAGAAGCAACUGAUUGGGUAUAUGUUUUUGUCUUAUGUGUAGACAGGCAAGUAUUAGAAGUAGGAAGAUCUUUGGGAGUUGCUUGCUGUCUAAAGUGGAUGAUAGUUAUGUGACAGACAGUUUUAUUUCUUUUUAAUUUUUAAUCCUUCUGAUUCUUCACUUCU